AUGGACGCCGCCAGGGACAGCAAGUCGCCUUCAUCCGAAGCGCUUCUUCCCAUCGACACACGGGAGAAGACUUCUGGCGAGACCCAGUCGACGCCCAGCAACCGGCCACAACCCUCAUCAGUUGCCAACAUGAUCCGCACUCGGAGGACGAUCACGGUAUUCUUGGUGUGUACGCUGGCGCUCAUGGGGCUGACCACCGUUGGUAUGCCGUGUCAUCACCGCGCAACGGGCCGGCACCCGGGAGCCGAUACCAUGGAGUCAUCGGCCGUUUCGUUCUCGGAGAAGCUGAACGCCAUCCACCACGAGGAUGCUGCGCUCAUCACGCCCAUCCAGCAUCUAGGGAAGCGGGACGACUCGGCUGAGAGCACCACCGGCUCUCUACCCCCACCCGAGUCGGAUCAAUCAACCGAGGAGUCCACCACCGGUACAGCAACGGAGACAGCAACGGAGACCUCGACCGAAACUUCCACCGAAACCUCCACCGAGACCUCCACCGAGACCUCCACCCCCCCGCCAGAGACCACCCACUCGACGACCAGCAGCCCGCCGCCGCCUCCAAGCACCACCUCCUCCUCCACUACGAGCGUUAAGCCCCCGACCACCAGCAGCGUGCCCUCGUCUACCAGCUCUAGCACCACCCCGAGCUCCACCUCGACCACUUCUUCGUCUACCCAAGGUACUUCGACCUCUGCUCCCCCAUCUUCAUCCUCAUCCUCCUCCUCUUCAUCCUCCACAUCUUCCCUACCUGGUACGUCGUCCAGUUUGAGUGAAUCCCUUUCAGUUCCUCAGACUUCUUCUUCAGGCUCGGAGACGUCGACAUCCCAUACACCUUCCUCCACCCACACCACCUCAUCGUCCUCUACCCCCCCUCGAACAUCAAAGUCCUCCUCGAUCGACGGAGAAACCACCCUGACAACAUCCACCAAAUCCCCCUCCAACACUCCACCCCCGCGGACCUCCAGGGCCACCACCGAGACCCUGACGUCGACAUCCCCCAACGGCGUCGUCGUCGUUGUCACCCGCACCAACUACGUGCCCGGCGAUGCAGGCGAGACGGGUACGCCCAGCCAGACUGGCUCCCCGCCUUCGCUGCAGAACGACGCUGUCCGCCGCCACACCGGCGCGUCUGUUCUGGCUGGUGUGAUUGGGUUUGCUGUUAUGCUUUUGGUUGUUUAG